GCGACCGUCUCUCCGCGCACGUGCGUUUGUCGCGCACUGUACGCGCGCGAGCACGUGGCGCGUACAGUGCGCGAUGUGUGCGCGGCGAUGUGGGGCACGCCGCGUGUAGGACUAUGAAGCGAUCGCACUGUAGUGCAGUAAUCGCACCGUUGUACAGUAAUCGCACUGUAGUACAGUAAUCGCACUGUAGUACAGUAAUCACACUGUAGUACAGUAAUCGCACUGAAGUACAGUAAUCGCACUGUAGUAAGGUGCGAGGCUGCCACGAUCGCGGGGACUCUCUCCAGCGCGGCGCGCGUGUGCGCAUACGCUCCACCGAUUUAAAAUAACCUCCGCACACACAGAAUCACACACACACAGACUCACACGGUUUGGGGGGGUGCCGUGUUUAUGUUUGCAGUGCGGCGGCCACGACGGCCUCAGUGAAAGUGCGAGAGGAGAGGUUUGCGGGGUGGUGCUGCCCGUAGUAAAGAAAGAGAGAGAGCUGAAGGACGUGUCUGUCUCAGCGUCGCGAGAGGAUGCAGGUGCAUGUGCACACAGGUGUCUCCAAGGAGGUGUUCGUGAAGGAGAUCGGGCCCCUGAUGUAGAUGCCACCACCGCCAUCUAUUGCGCGGCGGUUGAACUUAGGCCUCUCGGUCCGAACAGGCAACUGGACAUAUGGAUCGCGACGGCCGGCGGUGCUGCGAGGCGUGGAUGUGGGGCCGUGCCUGUCUCGCUGGGACGCCGACUACCUGCAAGCGGCCGGGGGCACACGGCCCGUCAGGGUCCACGCCUCCCCCUCACCUCGCAUGGACUUCAUCCACAAGAACUUUGCCUACAAAACCCUCCCGUUCGAUGAGUUCAUUCGACGCACGGCUGAAGAAAAGCACUCUAAAUUCUUCUUUUGUGAGAAUGAAAAAUACUACCUGCGAGCUUUGGGCAAUGACCCCAAAAAGGAUGUUGCUGACAUAAGAAAGCAGUUUCCUGAGUUGGCCAAGGAUGUCAUCCUCCCUGAAUUUUAUGAAGAAGAGCAGUUCUUUUCAAGUGUCUUCCGCAUCAGCUCUCCGGGCAUUCAGCUUUGGACACACUAUGAUGUUAUGGAUAACAUGCUGAUUCAGGUGGUGGGCAGGAAGAGAGUGGUGUUGUUCAGCCCCAGUGACGUGCCUUUCCUCUACCUCAAUGGUGACAAGUCGGAGGUCUUGGAUAUCGACAGCCCGGACUUGAAAACGUUUCCUGAGUUCAGCAAGGCCACCUGGCACGAGUGCGUGCUGGAGGCAGGAGAUGUCCUUUUCAUUCCAGCACUGUGGUUCCACAACGUGACGUCUUUGGAGUUUGGCGUGGCCGUCAAUGUCUUCUGGCGGCAUCUUCCGCUUGACGCUUACGACCGCACGGACACCUACGGCAACAAGGACCCAGUGGCGGCCGCGCGAGCCGUGCAGAUCCUGGAACGCGCGCUGAAGACGCUGGCAGAGUUGCCUCCGGACUAUCAACACUUUUACGGGCAGCGCAUGAUCCUGACGGUGCAAAGGAAGGUGCUCGGAAGAAAUUGUUCUGAACCAGCUGCAAAAUGAUUCUAGAUUUGAAGCUUUCGUGACUGCAAGGAUUCAUAUUCUUAGUUUUUUUCGGUAAAGUCACGUAGGUAAAACAUCAAAAUUAAUAAAAAUAAAAUAAAAUAAAGAUCACGACGUUUCGGAGGCAACACAAGUCUCCGUCAUCAGGUGGGACCGUCACAUGAUGGCUGUAUUUAAGCAACUUAAAAAAAACAUCCAAUUGUAACAUGACUUAAAUUGUUAAAAGGGCCUCCAUCCUAAAAUGAGUAUUAGGGCUGUGCUUAUAUUUGUUAGUGGCUCCAAGCCAGUGGCGAAAAUUGCACUUUCUCUUGGCAGGGGACAGCCUCCACAGACUGACCAAUGUCCCACAAAGUAAUACUCGUUUCAUUGACCCCUGAAGGAUAUCGGGUUGAGAUGACCCCCAGUGCCAGGUCAGUCAUUGGGGGUUGUUUGACUAAAAUGUCACCACGCUGGUCAGUUAAUUGACUAAAUGUUGUAUAUAAAUGUACCAUAAUAUAAUACACAUUCUUUUACAUAAUACAAAUGGAGUACAAAAUAGUCGGCAGUGCAAUAACCAACCUACUUCAGUCGUUAACUUAGGAUCGUACAUUUUAUAGCGUUGGCGACACUUUUAAGUUUGAUUUGAAAGUUUUCGGAGGACAGCUGCGACGCAUAUGAAUUUGUACAGUGAAAGCAUAAUUAAAUAGUAAUUGUUUUGUCGAAAAAGAUCAUCUUAAGGAUUCAUUUCAAUAGCUUACAGGCAUAUGGUGAUACAUAAGAAAACGCAUGCUUCCUAAUGGCUGUGGUGUACCAUGUUAAUGGGUCCAUCUGCUGUGCCAGAGUGAACAUCACGGUCAGAAUUGCACACAGCUGACCACCUAGGCAACAGCCCUCAUCUGUAUUCAGAUACGUUUUGAUUUUAUUUACCGAUGUUUUUGUAUUAUUCAAUGUGGCAAUUAUUUACAUAAAUCUAAAUUUGCCUCAGUUUCUGCAGGAGGUUUAAGACUAUUGGGUUUGUUUUUUGUUUAUUUUGGCCUGAAGGCUUAAACUUGCCGAAUGUUAUGAAUCAUUUUGCCUGGUUUAUACAAUUCGUUUUUAUUCAUUAUUGGUGUGGAAAGAUAUAUUUCGAUAAACAUGCUCAAUGGUGACCUCUACAGUUGGUGAUUGGGAUUGAUUGACCUUUGGUGUUUUAUGUACCAUUAAGCAUCAUAGUAAAUGAACUAAUGUAAAAAAAAACACAUCAAGCAAUGACGUAUCCUCCUUAAUAGUUGAGUGAAAUGUUACUAUCCAGUUGCAUUGCAAAGUAUGGUUCUGGUGUAUAAAAUACUUGAGCACGCGUGGUAUUCAAUAAAUAACGAAACGACA